CCUAAUCUUUCACCUCUUUCUCUCUCUGUUUCACAGCAUCACUACUACACUUCACUACUCACAGAGAGAAAUGGAGACUCGCGCAUCAAAGAAGAGAGCAAUCACCAAUCAACAACCACCACAACCACAAGUCAUUGUUCUCAAAAGACACAGAGUUGUAUUAGGCGAAAUUCCUGAUCUCAGUUUCCCUCAAUAUCAACCCAAACACAAAUUCCAAGUUCUGAGAAACCCUAACCUCAACAAUUCAACAACAACAAUAACAACCUUAUCUCCCCUUCAUUCCAAUUUGGAUAAGCCACUUCCAAGAAACAACAAUCCCAAACGUUCCAAUGAAGAGAUUGAUGAGCCUUAUGUAUCCGACAUUGUCGAUUAUCUUCGCACAAUGGAGAUGCAGAAAAAAAGAAGACCAAUGGUUGGUUAUAUGGAGAAUGUUCAAACAGACAUUACUUCAAACAUGAGGGGGACAUUGGUUGAUUGGUUAACUGAGGUUGCCGACGAAUACAAACUUCUUCCUGAAACCCUUCAUCUAUCUAUUUCCUACGUCGAUCGGUUCCUAUCUAUUCAACCUGUCAAAAGAUCCAAAUUUCAGCUUCUUGGUGUUUCCUCCAUGCUCAUUGCAUCAAAGUAUGAAGAAAUCACCCCACCAAAUGCUGUGGAAUUCUGCAAAAUUACUGAUAACACCUAUGAUCUAAAGGAGGUUUUAAAGAUGGAGUCUGACAUUCUCAAUGCUCUAAAGUUUGAAAUGGGCAACCCUAAUGUUAUCACAUUUCUAAAGUGGUUUGUCGGGAUUGCUUCUGAGAAUCAAAAGACUUCUAAUCUACAGUUUGAGUAUCUGUGCAACUAUCUUGCCGAGUUAAGCAUGUUGGACUAUGAGUGUAUAAGAUUCUUGCCUUCUCUUGUGGCUGCAUCUGUUAUAUUUCUUGCCAGAUUUAUUAUCCAGCCUGGAGUAAAUCCAUGGACUUCAUCCCUGUGUGAAUGCUUGGGAUAUGAAUCAGCUGAUUUGGAAGAAUGUGUUACCAUGUUACACGACUUGUAUUUGUCGAGAAGGGCAGCAUCAUUCAAAGCUGUUCGUGACAAAUACAAGCAGAACAAGUUCAAAUGUGUGGCAAACUUGCCUUCCCCUCCUGAGGUGCCAAGCCAUUACUACUUAAUCUAUUGCUGAACAACUUGGUGAAUGAAGUUCAUUGGUGACAAAUAUAAAGGAUUUUUUGAGGUGGUGAUAAUCUCAAACUUGGGGAGUUAUGUUGUUUUUGACAAUCAAUUAUUGAUGGCCACAUGUUGCUGGAUCUUGAUAUAUAUUAUAAUCCAAUGACUGCUUGCUAAAUUUUGAUGAUAAUCUGGUUGCUAAUGGCCAAUUCCCUUUGUGGUGAAGUUGUCACUUGUUAAUAUAGCCUAUGCUUCCCUGGAUCUUGUCCAAGAUAAACUAAUUUGUGAAUUGGGUAUACUACAUUUAUUAG